AUGAUCCGAAUGAUGUAUUAUGCGAGAGCCAUCGUGCUCUGCUGGUGGUUCCCCGAACGGAUGAUCCGUUUCCUUCGCAAGAACACCGAACGGCAACUACACGAGCAUCUCCCUUGUGACCCUCAUUUCAAACCCAAAUACAACCCUUGGCAGCAAAGAAUGCGUAUCACUCCCGGUGACUUCUUUGAAUGUCUCCGAAAGGGCAAAGCCUGUGUCGUCACCGACACCAUCGACACGGUGACAGAAACGGGCAUCAAGCUCCACUCUGGAUAUGACCUCGAUGCCGACAUCAUCGUCACUGCGACCGGUCCCAAGGUCCAAUUUGGAGGCGCCGUGAAGAUCUCGGUUGAUGGGGUCCCGACCUACGUGCCCGACGAAUUUAUCUGGCGAGGUGCCAUGUUGCAAGACGUUCUCAAUCUCGUGUUCGUCUUCGACUUAUCCAGCCAAUCUUGGACUCUGGGUGUCGAUGCCACAGCGCAGUUAUGGGUGCGCGUCCUGAAGAAUGUUCGCAGCAAGGGCAUGACCAGCUAUUGCCCCCGCGUGGACGUGAAGGACGGCAUUCGUAAGAAAUUCAUCAUCGACCUGCAAAGUUCGUACACCAAUGCCGCAAAAGGAGGCGAAAUGUCUACCGAAAGGUGGUGA